GCGCCGCGCAGCAGCCUUUCAGAAGUCAAUCAAACUUCGGGAUGAGAUCUCCGACACUCGAUUCCACGUUGCUCAGCGUAAUGCGAUCACAAGUUCACGCUCGCAUUCUAAGACCUGCCCAUUCGGAGGCGCAUUGCCAUACCGCUCUACCAAACGAGGUCUUUCUCUAAAGCGAAGGCGCAGUUUGUAACUAUCAACGACAAAGGGAUUCCAUCGUCGUCCGAAACCGAGAUCCGAAUUGGCGAGCCGCACCAAGCUUUCAUCUAUAUCGAACCGAAGCUCGGAGACACCAUCAAGUCCACGGUCAUGCAGCAGUCUAACAGGAAAUACACAGGAUCUGAAGAAGCUUCCUAUGGUGUUUCAUCACAAAUCACGCCAGUUUUCCCACAGUACCGUGCCCUAUCCCCGAGUUGAGAUUGCUCAGGACCUCCCACGCCAGACUACGGGUGAUACGAGUCCAGCUACGCUCUGGACAUCCUUCAACUGGCAUGCUCUGACGCUCGACGGCUCUCCUGAGGAGGAAUUCGAGAAGUUAUCGAGGGAGUCAGGAGAGGACUGGAAAGAACUAUUGGAAAUGCUGAGUCGAACAUGAAAACUCGCUGUGGUUCCAAGUGUUGUUUCCAAGUGUUGCGAGUAUUUAGCGAGAUUCUUGCUUGAAAACGGGAAGGCUUAAUGCAUGAUUGGAGGCCCAGCAGUAUUCCGGAUUUCUCAGCCGAUAAAUAGCUGAACGCAAGGCCGAGGGCGAAGUAGAUGUUAUGAUACCUACCUAGAUUCAGGUUUCUUUG